AUGACGCAUCCGUCCUCCAGCGCCUCUCCUCCUCCCUCCCUCCCUCCACAUCUGGAUCUGGGCUUCCUGCUCAUCAGCCACCACUCAGCGCACGUUGCAGGCCCGAGAGGAGCAGGUCAGAGACGGAGGGAGGGAAACGACGGCGGAGAAGCCGAGGGCUCUUCAUUGGGGAUGAGCUUCCAGUCCCCUGCUGGAAAACCUGGCCCCAGUGCAGGCGAUUCUGGUACCUGCGGGUUGAGGCCUCACCACCAUCGGUUCCAGAACAGAGGAGUCUCAUCCAGACCCAGCCGCUCCCGGAUUCAGAGGGUGAGCUGCGACCGCGCGGGUGGACCGAGCUUCAUCGGCGAGAACAGCGCACUGCGGGACGUCAGGGUACAGAACACAAUCCUUUACCCAGUCCACCACCACUCAUCCACCCCGAUCCCCAGGCUGCAUUCAGCACCACCACCACCCUCAGGACGCCAAGUCAGAAUAGUGCGGGGUCCCUGCCAGACAUGCGGCUGCACCAGCCAGGUCGAGGCGGCGGCUUCCGGAUUCCAGCCGUCCCUCCACAAAUAUAACGGGGAACAUGCAGCUGGUCCGGCUGCCCGUCACGGUUUCCGUUUGAAAGUGACCCAGAAAACGCCGGAGUGCCACAGCUUCGCCGCUCUUUGGAGUGAGACCGUGCUGCAUCAAUUUUGCUGCCCCGCCCCUGAACAUACAGAGGCUGACACCACUGGCUCAUCCGGUGGACAGAUGCUGAGCCUGGAGGAUGGAACGUCCUCUGGUGGUGGACAGGAAGUGGAGGGGCCCAAGAGAGAGGGACCGAGCGAAUAUGAGAUCUCCCUGGAGAAUAAAAACAAGCAGAUAGAAGAGUUGGAGCAGAAGUAUGGAGGCCAUCUUAUAGCGAGGCGAGCAGCCCGUCGUAUCCAGACAGCCUUCCGUCAAUAUCAGCUAAGCAAAAACUUCCAGAAGAUCCGUAACUCUCUGUCGGAGAGCAAGCUGCCCCGUCGGAUCUCCCUGCGGCAUCCAAGUCCUUCAGGCCGAAACCGGAACUCAACUCAGAGACACAGUUACAGUCUGCAUCCGGGAGGAGGACAGAUACCCUUACGCUCCAAAACUCCUCCUCCGCCUCCGUGCCGCUCCACCUCUCUGCCCCCUUCCCCUGCGUCUGCUCCAGCUACUGGUCCUUCUCCUGCCCCAGGCCCAGCCCCACCUCAAACCCCUGGGCAAACACUCACACAGCUGGAGGACUGCUUCUCUGAACAACUUCAUUCCUUGGCCCAGUCAAUUGAUGACGCCCUUCGUGGUUGGAGCUUGUCGGAGGGUGGAGAGGGUAAGGGGCUACUUAUGGAUCCCGGAGCCCUUCGUGCAGCCGCUGAGAGCGCUUGUCUGCCCCGCAGUGCCAGCUCGCUGCUAAUGGCCUUCAGGGAUGUCACUGUUCACAUUGACAGCAAUAGUUCCUACACCAUCUCCUCUGCCACCACCACAACCACCACCUCUCUGGGUAAUGCAGGCGGGGGAGAACCAGGAAGCAGGAAGACUUCUGUGAGCGGGAUGGCUGGGGGAGGAGAUGGCCUGUCAGCAGAGGAGCCAGAGUUUCCUGCACCUCCACCCAGUGAGGAGUUGGAAAUGGCUGAUAUAGGAUCAAGGAGAGGUUCAGCAGUGCCAGCUCCAGGUGGAGGCGGGAUGGAAGGGGAGAGCGGCUCAGACAGACUAGGGUCCACCUCCACUUCUACCUCUACUUCCACCUCUAUCUCCACCUCAGCCCAGUCUAACCAGCAGCCUGCUCAGAUUUACACCCAGUACCAGCAGUACCACUACACUCAUCCUCAGCAGAUUCCCGGGGGGCCGAGCCCCGAGGCCCUGCAGGCCCUGGUUGUCUCUCUGCCCAGGGACCGCUGCCAGGACCCAGCCUCCUGCCGCUCGCCAACACUAUCCACGGACACACACCGCAAACGCCUCUACCGUAUAGGACUCAACCUCUUCAAUGUGAACCCAGAAAGAGGCAUCCACUUCCUGAUCACACGAGGUUUCGUCCCGGACACGGCCAUCGGAGUGGCUCACUUCCUGCUGCAGAGGAAGGGCCUGAGCAGACAGAUGAUUGGAGAGUUCUUGGGGAACAGCAAGCUGCAAUUCAACAGAGAUGUUCUUGAUUGCGUCGUAGAUGAGAUGGAUUUCUCAGGCAUGGAGCUCGACGAAGCCCUGAGAAAGUUCCAGGCUCAUGUUCGUGUUCAGGGAGAAGCACAGAAAGUGGAGAGACUCAUCGAAGCCUUUAGCCAGAGGUACUGUAUGUGUAAUCCUGAUGUGGUGCAGCAGUUUCACAACCCAGACACCAUCUUCAUCCUGGCUUUUGCUGUGGUCCUCCUAAACACUGACAUGUACUCGCCCAACAUCAAACCCCAGCGCAAAAUGGGCCUUGAUGACUUCAUUCGCAACCUAAGAGGUGUGGAUGAUGGAGCAGACAUCCCCAGAGAGAUGGUCGCAGGCAUUUAUGAAAGGAUCCAACAAAGAGAGCUCCGGUCCAACGAAGACCACGUCACCUAUGUGAGCCGUGUGGAGCAGUCCAUCCUGGGCCUGAAAACCAUCCUCGCCGUGCCCCACAGACGUCUGGUGUGCUGCUGUCGUCUGUUCGAGGUGCCUGACGCCAACAAGCCUCAUAAACAGAAACUGUCCCAGCUCCAGAGAGAGGUCUUCCUCUUCAAUGACUUACUGCUGAUCCUGAAGCUGUGUCCCAAGAAGAAAAGCUCGGCUUCCUACACCUUCUGUAAAGCCAUGGGUCUUCUGGGAAUGCAGUUUCACCUCUUCAGCAAUGAAUACUACGCACAUGGCAUCACCAUGUUGAGCCCAUUUACCUCAGAGAAGAAGCAGCUGGUGAGUUUCUGCUCCCCGAGUGGAGAAGAGCUCAGGAAGUUUGCAGAGGAGCUCCGAGAGGCCAUCACAGAGGUCAAUGAAAUGGAACAGAUACACAUCCAGUGGGAAUUGGAGAGGCAACAAGGCAUCCAGCCACACGGCAUACAUACUAACGGCGGGCAAGUGGACACACACACCGGACACGGCUCUCCCUCAGGCCAACAGGAUCCGUAUGAUAAAACUGGCAACAACAACACAGUAGAGGUAAGUGCUCAAGCCAUACUUUUCUCCCUCAGUAUCGCCUCCACAGCGUCUGUAGCACUGCCGGCCUCUCUAAUGAAUGAAUUUGCACCAGGUGUGCAAGGAGGACGGUUGAAUGAAGGAGCUUAUGGGAAAUCAGUCUACACCGGUGUCCUCCCAGCACACCGGCUCUGA